AGCAUCAGUGAGCUGUCGGUCCUCUCUCGGUGAAGACCGCGUCCCGGUGACACCUCGUCUCUGCUCUCUCACUCAACUCAAAGUACCAUGGAGGAAUCAAGUAGUUGACGUUUCCUGUAACCUUCUCUUUUAUAAGCUUUCUUCCCGUUUGAUCACUGUGAUCACUGUGAACCGGUUUACUGACGUUUUGAUCUCUCAGCGACCCUGAAACCAGCUCUGAAACACCCGACAACAUGAAGUACAUCAUCGGCAUCGGAGGCGUAACCAAUGGAGGGAAAACCACCCUCACCAACCGACUGAUCAAGAACCUGCCCAACUGUUGUGUGGUACACCAGGAUGACUUCUUCAAGCCCCAAGAUCAGAUUGAAGUUGGCGAAGAUGGCUUUAAGCAGUACGAUGUUCUUACUGCUCUGGACAUGGACGCCAUGAUGAGUACCAUCUACGCAUGGCUGGACAACCCAGUGAAGUUUGAGAAGUCUCACGGCGUCAAUAACACCCUGGACACUGAGAUCGUCCCAAAGUCUACCCGUAAGGAGGAGGAGGAGACUCACAUCCUUAUUGUGGAAGGCUUUCUGCUUUACACCUUUGAACCUUUGAUCGACGUGCUGAACCAACGUUACUUUAUUUCCAUCCCAUACGAAGAAUGCAAAAAGAGGAGGUGCUCUAGGAACUACACGGUGCCAGACCCCCCCGGCCUGUUCGAUGGCCACGUCUGGCCCAUGUAUUUGAAACACAAGAACAUCAUGGAGGGAUCAGAUGGUGACGUGUUGCAGCUAGAUGGAACCAAGUCGAAGGAACAACUGUUCAACUUCGUCUACGGGGACAUCCUGAAUAACAUCCAGAUAUCUCUUUAACAAAACAAAGGUCAUAACGAUCGGCUAAAUUGGAGCCAUGUACUCAGCCUGCAAGCACAACACCGCCUUGCCUUAAGUUUCUACCUGGCAGCUCAUUUAGCUGACUGCUACGAUUUUUGUAAAUGUUAAUAACUGAUGGCAUCAAAUGCUGGCAUGUUUUUAUAUCUUACCAUAUUUAUUGCUUUGUUACAGCCCACACUCCACAGAGAGUCGAUGGAUUUGUUCAGAGGAUGGUUGCACUUAUGUCAAUAAAUGAUCCUCCAGUAAA